AUGAGCAGCAGAAAAGAAGAGGAGAGAAACGAGAAGAUCAUAAGGGGUCUCAUGAAGCUCCCUCCGAAUCGAAGAUGCAUCAACUGCAACAGCUUGGGACCUCAAUAUGUUUGCACAAACUUUUGGACUUUUGUUUGCAUGACUUGCAGUGGAAUACAUCGUGAGUUUACUCAUCGCGUGAAGUCUGUUUCUAUGGCUAAGUUUACUUCUCAAGAAGUGGAUGCUCUUCAAAAGGGUGGUAAUCAGCGUGCCAGAGAGAUAUACUUAGCAGCCUGGGAUCCACAAAGGCAGAGACUUCCUGAUAAUAGCAAUGUUGAUAAAGUUCGUGAGUUCAUAAAGAAUGUUUAUGUAGAUAAAAAAUAUGCCCUGGAGAAGACAUCUGACAGACCACCAAGAGAUACACAGAACGCAAAACGCCAGGAAGAUGAGACAAGGCGAGCAAGUUCAUACCAUUCUUAUUCACAAAGUCCACCAUAUGAUUUUCAGUAUGAAGAACGACGCUAUGGGAAACACACCCCCGGCCUCACUAGAAAGCCUGGGUCGGAUCGAGGCCUAUACGGAGGAAAACUGUCUAGUUUCUUGAGUCCUGGCCGUGCUAAUGAUAAUGUAUACGAGGACAGGUCUGAUGUGCUAUCACCUUCCUCCCAGAAAGACAUUGGAAGCCCCGUCAAUGCAACGUCGAGAGAUAGUUCAAGUGAAGUUGUACGGCAUCAUGCGGUUUCCAACCAUGUAGAUGCAUACACCAAAAGAGAUGGAGGAAGAAUGUUGCAUCCACAGAGAAAUGAAUCUUCAGGAAGCUUUGGGUCAUUUGAUAGCAAUUCCACGUCUUUCACAUCAGUAAAUUCUAUUAACUUGCUGGAAAUUGCCUCAGAAUCCGGACAAUCUGCUGAGACUUCUUAUCAACCACAGCGUUCAGUAUCUGGGAACUUUGAUAGCUUGGAUCUUUUCAGUGCACCCUUUGCACCACAAAAUGUUACCUCAACAUCUCCAGCAGCUGGUGGGACUCAAUUUCCAGAGUCAUCUCCAGCUCAAUCCGUUGAUUUGUUCCUGCAAUCUUCUAAUCCUUCAGUUCCAACUUUCAACUCACAUCAACCAUCCAAAGCCCUUCCUUCUUCUGGGAACUUUGAUAGCUUGGAUCUUUUCAGUGCACCCUUUGCACCACAAAAUGUUACCUCAACAUCUCCAGCAGCUGGUAGGACUCAAUUUCCAGAGUCAUCUCCAGCUCAAUCCGUUGAUUUGUUCCCACAAUCUUCUAAUCCUUCAGUUCCAACUUUCAACUCACAUCAACCAUCCAAAACCCUUCCUUCUUCUUCUUUAGACUUACUUGCUGAGAUGCCUCAGCAGCAAACCUCUACAGGUUCCAAUGGAAAAAUCUCUGAGGGAAUGCCAAAAAAUGAAGGAUGGGCAACAUUUGACAUGCCUCGGAACGCAUCAUCUAUGGGAAUUGAAAAUUCGACCCCUGCCAUAGUACCAUCUUCUGACAUGAGUUUUCUAGGGAACAUAGAUUUGGGAUCGCUUGAGCAUAAUCCAUCCUCUCAAGAUUCUUCUGACCAUCGGCCUUCUGCAGAUAUGUCUAAUUUAUGGCAUGAACGUGCACAAAAUUUUGAGGCAACCACAAAAGCAACGAGCAUUCAAUCUUGGAAUGCGUUCGAAGAUUCCAAAGGAGAACAGUCGAUUGAGAACACUGUCAAAAGUACCGAACCAGUCACGAGCCCAUAUACUUCAGAUGCUUAUCAGUGUCUUGGAUUUAGCAUAUACGAGGCCUUGGGUAAUGAUAUAUUUCAAAGAGCUGCAGACAAUACUGGACACCCCUUAUCUAGUAUAACAUCUCAUGCCAGUGUAUUGUCGCAUGAUUUCCACUCGCUUCCUGCAGUGGAUCUAGUACAUUCAAACGUGACAAAUCACAGGUCUUCCAAUCCAUUUGAUCUUCCCGAUGAUUCUGACAUGGAAUCUAGUAAUAUGUCUCAGUUCUGGAACAUGAACUCUUUGCAAUCGGCACUUCCAAAUAGCAGUUUACCAACUUCCUUUGUUGGUGGCGUAACUCAGUCUUGGUUUCCCCAAAAUCCAGUUACAUGCUAUGUUCCUGGUGGAGUGAUAUUUGAUCCUCCCAUUGGCUCAUUGGGAUUUAUUGCAGGACAAGCACCGAGCAGCCAGAUACCGAAUGUCCCGGCACAAGGCCAUGUUGCAUCUAUUGGAGGAAAUCCAUUUGCAUAG